GUUUAGUCUCGGAUUCGUAAGUACCUCUUGAGUGGCUUCUCUGUCUCUGCGCCCUUAUGAUAACAACAUUCUAAUUUCUUCGAUUGUUAAAGAGACCGUUUCUUAACUUCUACUCACCCAACUUCCUCUUGUAUGAGCUUUCCAGCCCAUUCCUUAAUAUCCACUGGUUCUUGGAUAAGCUCAACAUGACUGGUGGCAAAGCGCAAUGGUACAACGGCAUGGCGCUUCUCUUUACUUUCUUUUUCUGCCGUCUUGUCUGGGGCACCUGGCAGUCAGUUCUUGUGUACAUGGACAUGUGGUACGCUUUGAAGCAAACUUGGGCUGCAACAGCCUCUUCCCAGCCAGGCUCGGUCGGCAUCACUUCCCAAGUCUUCCAGACGCUGAAUAGUCCCGUUGAAGCUACUGCAGAAAUGUCCAAGUUCUCUUCUUACACCGCCCAGGGUGUACCCACCUGGCUGGUCCUGUCCUAUGUGGCGUCCAACCUCACCCUCAACUUCCUCAAUUACUACUGGUUCUCCAAGAUGGUUGAUGCUGUGCUGAAGCGCUUCCGCGAGCCCGCACCAUCACCGGCCGCAAAGAAGGAAGAGGAGACACAGAAGCUCAAGGAAAAGAAGGCGCAGAACGCCGUCCUCGACGCAGCUUCCAAGCUCGAAGAGGAAGAAAGCAGUUUUCUUACCAGCGAGAAAAACACCACCUCAUCUGUGGAUACAGGUCUUAACGAUGAGAUGCGCAGAAGAAAGGCCGACUUGGCCUCAAAGGUCCCUCUUCCACAAUCAUAGUGGGCCCAACAGCCCACUGUUAUCUUAUACAAGAACAU